AUGAUUUCCAGGCCCUUCCACCACCUAACCAUCCUCAUAGCAUCAGCCGGGCCAGUCCUGUCAACCCUCGUGCCCCCAGGCUCCCAACAAGGAACCUACAUCGUAACCCUCACCCCAGAAGGCGAAGAACUCCACACCCGAGUCUCCGGUAUCCCCGACAUCCACGCCGUAGAAGAUAAACUCUCCCCAUUCUCCCAAGCCACACCACCACUUACACCACACCUCACCCGCCGCGACGCAACAUCCUGGCCCUCCGACACGAAACCCCUCUGCUCCGAUAGCCCCUGGAUCACCACCGCCGCCUUCAACUCCAACCCCAACGGCGCCCGCAACGCCUUUGCAGCGCAGUGCGCCGCCCUCAACGGCAAACGCCUCGGCUACCGCGAGAAAAUCUAUAGUCACUGGGGCGAUGCGGUGGCGUACAUGUGUUCGUAUGCCGGAAGCGGGGACGUGGGCAACGGGAGGGACGGCGGGAACCCGUGUGUUGUGCAGGAGUGGGUUGAUGCCGUCGAGUGGGCUGCCAGGGCUUGCGGGGGCAGGAAUGGGGAUGGGUAUAUGGAGUGUGCCUACCUCACAAUUCCUGGAUGGAAAAAGGCUUACGGAUACACGCACAUCAAUACUUCCUUCUGUUGA